GACGGUGGGGGCGGCAGAGCGUAAUGACAUCACAGCGGAGGCGAAGAAGAGCGGAGCUGCAUGCUGAUGACUAGAAAGACUUCCGCUCCAGGCACUGGAGCUUAUCCGUGGAUGCAGGAUGGGAUCUUUUGCUUUUACAAAGUAUCUGCGCCUGUUAUUUGGCCACCAGCUUCCUCGUCAGAGUGUUCCUGUUGUUCUGCAACGGAAAAAUCACCCGAACGUUCAGCUUUACUGCACCAAUAAAGAGAAAAGACUGCCUGAAGCAAACAGCAGAAGAUCUAAUCAAAGAGAGAAACCUGCGUUUCCAAAGUCAGUGUUUGCUGCUGGCACUGCCAAGAGGACGGCGGACUUUUUAAAGAGAAGAGCAGGAACAGAUCCCGAACAGGCCGGCAGUUUAGCGCGAGACAGAGCGUCCUUCCUACAGAAGAUACCUGAGGGACCGCUGAGUGCUCCAGAGUGGAGGAAGCUCAAAGACAGCUCGUCCAGACCGGAGCGCUUCGAGGUGAGGAUGAUGGAGUUAAUGCUGGCUGCAGCGGCCGACGUUAACAUUGCCAAAUCUCUUCUGGCCUAUGUUGCUAUGGAGAAGGGGGCGGUGCCAUACAUGCUCCUGCUGAGGUACCUCGCCCUUUGCGUGUCCGGCGGCCACCACUCAGAAGUGCUGGACACGUAUGAUGUCAUGAGGACGUGCUUUAAAACUCUGGACUCUGGUGCGUACAGCCUGCUCGUCAAAGGCUUCAGUCAAACCGAGCGCUGGAGGGAGGCCUUAGUGAUGCUGGAGGAAAUGAAAAAAGUCAUCACGCCCUCACCUCGUAACUAUGGCGACGCUAUCGCCGGGGCUUUUCUCCAUGGCGACAGUGAGACAGGUUGGAUGCUCUAUAGUGAGCUUCUGAAGCUGGGCCUGACGCCUAAUCAGGACACCUGGCAGUGCCUGUUCGAAAAUGCCGGCACCGAACAUCAACACAGAGACAGACUCGUCGACAUCCUGACCUACAUGAGAGAGAACCAGGUGUAUCCUGAGGAGCCGCUGGCCCAAAGCAUCAAAGCCUGGUUUGAAAGUUUACCAGAUGAAAAGUGGAGAGGAAGGUUCGCCUCUGUGGAUUCCAGAGGACGGUGUCGGAGCUGCCAGGCGGAGCUGGAGUCCAUCGAGCUGACGGAGGAGGAGUACACUCAGCUGAAACACAGAGUGAUGACGGAUGUUAUUGAAGGCAGAGACGUCUUCAACAAAACCACACCAGAGGAGCUGGAGAGCUUUAAGAGCUUUGUGAAGAAAAGUCCUGCGUUUGACGUCAUCGUCGACGGCCUGAACGUCGCCAAUAUCUCAGCAAAGGGCCCAAAGUCUCAGACAUUGUUAGCGGUGGUCUCGGAGCUGCAGGAUCAGGGUCUGAACGUCCUCGUACUGGGACGAAAACACAUGCUGCGUCCCUCCUGGAACUGGGACAGACACGACAUCCAUCAGAUCAAACAGAAAUCCCUCUGCUUCUUCACAGAGAACAUCUCAGAAGAUGACCCUUUCCUGCUCUACGCUGCACUGCAUUCUGGGAACCACUGUAACUUUGUGAGUCGUGAUCUGAUGAGGGACCACAAGGCGUGUCUUCCGGACAGCGCCACCAGACGCCUCUUCUUUAAGUGGCAGCGUGGGCACCAGCUGGUGGUCCAGGGGUACGUUCCUGGAAAGAAGGUUCGAUUUCAGAGGGCACUGAGGUAUGAUACAAUAAUUCAGAGCACCGGCACUGCCUGGCAUAUUCCCUACGACGAGGAUGGAGGAGAUAGAAGCACGUAUGAAGUGCCACAGAGGUGGCUGUGUCUCACUAAAGAGCAGCAAUGAUUCUUCCUUCUUGUAUGAUAUGUACAAACUGUAAAGAUAAAUAAAAAUGGAUUGCACCUAAAA